ACCCCCUUUUGAAAACCUAAACAACCCCUCGCUCGGACUGUAGACAAACGAGAUCAAACACUGGGAGGAGAGAGAAAGCAAACCCUAGGUUAGUGGAACGAAGGCUUUCUUGUGCUGAAUUCCGAUGAUGAGCGGAGGGGGAGAAUUAGGGUCAAUGACGCCAGUGAUGAUGACCGGAGCUGGUUGCGAGUUAUCAGAGUCGAAGAAGCCGGCGGCGGAACCCAAAUGGAAAGGUAAAAACCUUUACUUGACGUCUUUGAUUAAUACAUCGAUUUGGGGGAUUAAGGCUUUCGAGGAUAAUCCAGAUACUGGAAAGGUUAAUCAACUCGACGUUAUUUUGCCAACCAUUAUUUGUAAGCUGAAUCUGCACAAGGAUUGUGCUUUGCCUAUUGGAAUGGGCAUCGUCAAGUUCAAUAAGAAGGUUCAUAUGGUCGGCGGAGAAUUUACAGAUUUGAACCCUACCGAAGCAGGUAGCUCAUUUUUGGGCAGCAACCAGUUUCAAUCAAGUGAAAAAGUGUAUGAAUUCGAUCCUACCGACAAAUGCUUCCGCGAGGUCCCUGAUUAUGCCUUGCCUCUCCCUAUGCCACAACCAAUCGUUGCAAAUAUCAUGGGAAAAGUAUAUGUGCUUCAUGGAGAUCAUUUCUGCAAUGAGCAUGGAAGGCCGGAGAAGCCCAGCUUAGCCUUCCAGGUUUUAGAAUUCAAUCAUCAUUCUGGAUCUUACUAUUGGGAGACACUUCCUCCUCCUGCCUUCUACACUGAAGGAUCCCCCGAAUAUUCCUGUUACUGCAAGCACAAGUUGGGUGUCAUCGGCCACAGGCUCUUUAUAUAUACGCAUUAUGGUACCCAUAUCUUUGAUGUUAAGAAACAACUCUGGGACUAUGGCAAAGGCGACCUCUGGCCCUUGAGGGGUCUUCCAACAGCCACAACCUUGUCAAGUAUGGUAACCAGCAGUGGCCCCUAUCUCAAAAAGACAAAAAUAGCCGACAUCGGCCAUGGCCAGGAUCGUUAUUUCAUCGUCGUUGGUUGCGAUUAUCUCCAUAACGAUGAUCGCGUGUUUGCCACAGUGGUCAAUGAUGAGGGCGUUAUGUCCGAUAUACAAUGGCUACCUAAUCCAUUCCCAGAUGAAUAUUAUCCUUUUGAGGAGAUCAAAGUGAUUGAACUAUUGGAGGACGAUGAGCAGGAGGAUGGGCAUUUGAGCAACAUAUUUUGUGUUGUGUAUGUCUCGGUGGUCGCCGUAUCAUUAAAAAAGUCAGUUUUCAGAGUUUCUUUGUUAUCUCCAAUGGUGGUCGUGGAAUCAACAGACAGGAAGCCUUACCUGUGCCGUGAAGAUAAGAAGGAAGGAAAAGGCGAAGACGAAUUCUUGGAAGUUGAAAAUCUCGAAACGCGUUGCUAUUCAAUGGAGGGCGUUGUCAAUCCCUUCCUUAUUGAUGCCUUCUUCCUCUAGAUGUGGUGAUGGAAGCUUCGUUGGUGGUGGGCGCCAUGUUGCGGGUCAACUAUUGCUGCUUGUUUUCCCUCCUGGUGACUUUGGUUUCCUUGUCUUAUGUCUGACGUCCUGGACGGCUAAAUAUUUCUUCACUUAUCCUACUUUCCGUGUCUCAUUUGCUAAAUAUUGUAGCGUCCAACUCAUGGACUAGGAAGACAGCAUAGGUCUGUUGUUUCUGGUUCAUGUUAUGCUUCCUUUCACCACCAGAGGCUUACUAUUAUUUUAGAAAGGAAAGGACAAUGCUUGUUAGUAUAUUUUGUAAGAGCAUCUAUUGAAUAUUGUCGCUCGUAUUGGAACCUCUACUUCUGUCAACUUUUGCGGCCGCUAGUUGAAGGUUGCUGAUCCAAAGGUGGUUCUCGAGAUGACAAUAGCCAUAGACGCCGGGAAACUUUUGCACAAAGGUUAAGUAUGAGUCUUAAAAUAUCAUGUCCCUGACUUAAUUCAUUUUAGGCUGGCUCUGCGAGAUUGUUUAUCUUUCCCGCAAUUUGAUUUUGACGCCCUCUUCAUCUCCAAGGAGUCAUGUUUUGCUUACUUCUGCCCAUUCUUUGACGUUG